CAAAUGGACAAUAACAAAUAAACAAAAAAUCAUCAAAAUAUUUUCUCGACUAAAGGUCAAUCUGUGGUUCAAGUGAAAGUUAAUCAAAUGGAGACGAUAAUUAAGCUGAAUAGUCAAGUUGCAGGGAAGGACAAGGUCGCUAGACUUUUGCAAUAUUCAUGUCGAACAAUAUGGGACUCAUUAAAUUCAAAGGACGAUGCUCAACUGGCACUAAUAAGUCAACUGAAAAAUUUGGAAUACAUUCUGUCCUCUUUUAGAAAACUUCUCAGAUUUGGCAAAAGUUUUGAAGUAUUUUAUGGAACACUGAAAUCUAUCCAUUAUUCAGAUGCGUGGUUGGCAUUCACCAUAACGGUAACGAAAAUUUGCCAGGCAACAUUCCUACUUACCGAUCAUAUAAUCUGGUUGUCAAGGAGUGGAUUAUUUAAAAACAUUGAUACCACGAAAUGGAGCCUACGAUCAAAUCGAUACUGGCUUGUAUCACUCGUCAUGAGUUUGGUGCGAGAUAUUUAUGAAAUUAAUCGAGUUAUUGCCAGCUUUACAUCAUACAAGAGCCUCACAUCUUGUAUAACAUCAUCAAUCAUAUCGAUUCGAUGUGCAAAGGAUGUUACGGUUUGUGCAUCAUCAGUUGCUGAGUUUCUUGUUACGUACAAACACCUGACAAUUGAUACAAUUAAAAAUAUCUGUGAUUUAUUCAUUCCACUAAAUGGUUUAGGCUAUAUUAAGAUGCAACCACGUAUAAUUGGAUUGCUUGGUGUUAUUUCGUCGCUGAUGGGAUUGAUUGUUAUUUUAGAUCCUAGUUGUAAGCUUCUUCCUCAAUAAAUGGGGAUUAUUUUUGAAUUGGUGCAUUUUUGUAGGGAUUAUUGGUGCA